UAUGUUCAUUGUCCAAAAGCCGUUCCUCAAUAUCUCCAAAUAGCGGCAGCUGGAGACUGCUUGAAGUCAGACAACAUUCUUAGUUUCAACACACAAAUUCUUGAAAUUGUUUACACUGAAUCUGUGUGUCACUCUCUCAUUUCUGUGAAGUAUGAGGACAAUUUUCUUUUUUAUGAUUUGUUAAUCUCUGCUAUGCCUACAACCUGUUUGAUUAUAUUCUCCAGAGAAAAUUGCUUUUGCAAAUUUGCCUUUCUUUAUAUUGAAUAAGGUUAAACAUAAGUUGAUUGUCAGAGGGGUAAAUUUAAAUCUCACAGAAGGGGGAAAAAAUCUAAACUUGGAGAAUUUAUUGCACUUAUAUGAACUGCUGAAAAAAAUCUGUUCUUUAUCCAUUUGGAAUGUACAAAGAGAAUAAGGAGCUGCUAAUUGCAAUUCUUUACAUUUAUUACUAUUGUCGCUACUGAAAUGAUUUAGUUUACAGUCCUACAGCAUAAAAUUAGAUGAAAUCUGUACUGAGAUUCAAAGUAAACGUCAUACCAGUAAGCAGGUUAGUUUUUUCUGGUCCAUCGUCACUACUUCUGCUUCAACAUCUGCGUUGUUGCUCUGGUGCAGCAAUCCAGUGUCAGAAUGAAAGAGUACCAAACAAAUCUAGUGAUUUGCUCGAUGAGUUCACUACUUACUGCUAUGCAAGGGAUCUUCCCAGGGCCAUGAACUCAUUGAAUGCCUUGCAAAUUCACAAGAUAUGGGCUGAUGCUGUCACCUACUCUGAACUCAUUAAGUGUUGCUUGGCUCGUGGUGCGGUGGAACAAGGUAAACAGGUCCAUCAACAUGUGUUCUCCAAUGGUUAUGAGCCUAAGACGUUCCUUGUUAACAUGCUUAUGAACAUGUAUGUGAAGUUUAACAUGUUGGAUGAAGCGCAAGCUUUGUUUGAUCAAAUGUCUGACAGAAAUGUUGUCUCCUGGACUACCAUGAUAGCUGCCUACUCUAGUGCUAAGAUCAAUAACAAGGCUUUGGAGUUUUUGAUCUUCAUGAUGAGAGAUGGGGUGAGACCUAAUAUGUUUACGUAUUCCUCUGUUCUGAGAGCUUGUGAUGAUCUUUCCAAUCUUAGGCAGCUCCACUGCAGCAUACUUAAAGUUGGUCUGGAGUCUGAUGUAUUUGUCCGAAGUGCUCUUAUUGACGUUUACUCCAAAAUGGGUCAACUAGAGUGUGCAAUGUGCACCUUUAAUGAGAUGGUGACUGGGGAUCUUGUCGUCUGGAAUUCCAUUAUUGGUGGAUUUGCUCAAAAUAGUGAUGGGGAUGAAGCUUUGACUCUCUUUAAAAGAAUGAAGAGAGCUGGAUUCUCAGCUGAUCAGUCGACCUUGACAAGUGCUCUUAGAGCUUGUACUAGUUUGGCACUAUUAGAAGUGGGAAGGCAAGUCCAUGUUCAUGUACUCAAGUUCAAGCAGGACCUAAUCCUCGAGAAUGCACUUUUGGACAUGUAUUGCAAGUGUGGCAAUUUGGAAGAUGCCCACCUAAUAUUUACUCAGAUGUUAGAGAAGGAUGUAAUCUCCUGGAGCACCAUGAUUAUAGGCUACGCCCAAAAUGGUUUCAGCAGAAAAGCACUGGAAUUGUUCAAGGAGAUGAAAGUAUCAGGGAUCAGACCAAACUACAUCACUGUUCUUGGAGUUUUAUUUGCUUGCAGCCAUGCAGGACUGGUAGAAGAUGGACAAUAUUACUUCCACUCAAUGAAGAAGCUCUUUGGUAUUGAUCCAGGAAGAGAACACUACGGCUGCAUGAUUGAUCUUCUUGGAAGAUCUGGAAAGCUAGAUGAAGCGGUGAAACUAAUCCAUAAAAUGGAAUGUGAACCAGAUGCAGUGACAUGGAGAACAUUGCUUGGUGCCUGCAGAGUACAUCGUAACAUGGAUUUAGCUGAGUAUGCUGCCAAACAAAUUAUAAAGCUGGAUCCAAGUGAUGCGGGAACUUACAUAUUACUAUCUAACAUAUAUGCACGAACUCAAAAAUGGGAAGACGUUAUGGACUUGAGAAAUUCCAUGAAGGAAAGAGGAGUGAAGAAGGAACCGGGGUGCAGCUGGAUUGAAGUAAACAAACAAAUCCAUGCUUUUAUAAUGGGAGACAGCUCGCAUCCACAAAAAGAGGAAAUUAACAAAGAGCUAAAUGAGAUUAUUUGGAGAUUAAAGGAGGUGGGAUAUGUUCCAGACACAAACUUUGUCUUGCAAGAUCUUGAAGAUGAACAGAUGGAAGACUCACUUCUGUACCACAGUGAGAAAAUAGCUGUUGUCUUUGGUGUAAUGAGCCUGUCUAGAGAGAAGACCAUUAGAAUCAGGAAAAAUCUCAGGAUCUGUGGAGAUUGUCAUUUAUUUGCCAAACUUUUGGCCCAGAUAGAGCAUCGAAGCAUUGUCAUAAGAGAUCCAAUCCGGUACCAUCAUUUUCAGGAUGGUAUUUGUUCUUGCGGAGAUUAUUGGUAGUAGGGAAUGGAUUACAAUUUAGUGACAUUUGCAGAAAUAGCGGUAAUGAUGAAGCACAAAGUACUGGUUUCAUGCAGCAACCAUUGGGUUCAUAAGAGUGCACUCUCUGCUCAACUUGUGUUUGCAUUGGCAGCUAUGAAUUUCGACGUUGGCAAUUCGAAUUCUUGAAGACAUCCCUGAAGAUUUAGGGCGAUUUUGGAAAUGGCAAACGUUGACACUGAACUGGUUAUAUCUAUCAGGAAAGGAUCGAUAAGAGUACAUCUUCUAUGUAACUGGCAUUUGCAUUGACAGCUAAGGUUAUCCAUUUCGGCUCCUUAACAUUGAUAUUUGUGGCCCAAGAGUCCGCAAUUAGCUUGGUCUAGAAAGGCAGGAGAUUUACCAGACUGAUCCGGUUUGUUUCUGCUGUCUAUAUUCAGUCUAAUGUCAGGGGUCACACAUGCAAUUUUCAUGGUACAAAACCCAGAUGAUGCUGUAAUGCGGCGCAAGAAUGGUCUAAUUAAGUAAGUUCCUUGAAUGAAGUUCAUUGUGAAAAGCUUGAUUUCUUGUGGCUGAUGCCCCAUAUUAAAUGUGCAAUUCCUCCAAGCAACUGGAACAAAUGGUACAUUUGUAUACCCCUCAAACAUGUAUUCCUUACAGAUUUGAUGAUAUAGUUUCCGCAAGAAAUUUGGCCUGAAGGUUCUUGAUGCAAUCUAGAACUAAUUCAAUUAUAUAUGAACUUAUCGUCAACUUAUUGUUGCUCCCAGAACUUUGGUUCAGCGGUUAGAAUACAGUUCAUGAUAUGUGGAUUUGGCGCAUGUCACAAAUUCUAAUUCUGUACGAGGCUCAAAAGCUUGGUAUUUAAGUGAAGAAAAGCAGAAGAAGCGUAGAGAGGCGGAAUCAUUAUUACAUCUUAUUAUUGCUGCUCUAGUGAUGUUAAAUCUAAUCUAGAUGGCCAUGAUUGGUACUAUUUGGUAACCAAUUAUUAAUUGGAGAAUCUAGAAUUAUUACUUGAAAUGUGGUUUGCCAGAUUAGUAAUGUAAUGGAUUCUUGUUACAAAAAUUAUUAUUGUUGGCAAAUUUUAUUUUUAGAAAAACAUAUAUUUUGAACUAAUCAUAAUUGAUAGAACAGUGGUUCACAAUUCUUUACUACCCCAAAA